AGAAUGCAUUGCCUGCGUGCGAUAAAACUGACAGAGUUGAUCGUCUGAGGUCUGGCUCCCUUUUGGGACAGACGUAUUGAGCUAGACCAAGCAUGACUGACGUCUUUUAGUGCCAUCCUUUAUGGUAGCUGCACAGCUCCCACCUGAAGGAGCGUCAGAAGAAGCAGGCAGAGAGAAAGGCUGUGGUUUGACCCCAGUCAUCCGUGCCAUGCCCUUCAGCUUACGGCUUGGAAAACAGAAGUUAGUGCAGGUCUUUUGCGCGGUCUUCCUUGUCAGCCUUACACUUUCACUGUUACAGAGGACAAAUAGAGAGCAGGCUAGAUUACAAAGACUGGCGAAAUGCCGGAAACUGAGUCGGUUACUGGAAACAAAACAUCUCUCAGAAAGUGUUCCAUUUUACAAGACAGCCAGUGAUGAGGAGCGGGUUCUUGUGGCCAAAAAUUGGACACUCGGGAGGGACGACAGGAGGUUGCUGGAGCAUCUGCUGCUCAUGCAGGAUUGUCCUUGGGAACCCAACCCUGUCGCAGUGGCCCAGUACAGGGCAGAACUAGAGCACUGCUGCAAUGCUUCCUUCCGGCUGGUGGUAACCAGGGAAAACGCACCACGGAAAUCACAUAUCAUCUUAGAUGGGGAAAAAGGAAUGAAGCUGCUGGUGAACGCCGAGCUGACGUCCCUGCUGCCGGAGAGAUCCCCCUUCUCAAAAUCUCAGUAUCGACGUUGCGCAGUAGUGGGCAAUGGUGGAAUCCUAAAAAACAGCAGCUGUGGAGUUGAGAUCGACCAGGCUGAUCUAGUAAUCAGGUUCAAUCUGCCUCCCAUGAAUUUCUCUGAGGACGUGGGUACCAAGACAAGCCUGGUGACUGUCAACCCCAGCAUACUUUACAUGAAUUUCAAGGGCUUGCAGGCCCAGAGGAAGCCUUUUGCAGACGCCCUGCGCCCCUAUGGUGACGCCCUCGUCCUCAUCCCUGCUUUAUCCUUUGUGGGCCACAGGAAUGUUGCCUACCGUGCCCUAUAUACCAUGGAGGACUUUGGCUUAAAGCAGCAAGGCUUCUUCCUGAAUCCACGCUACCUGAGCACCCUAAGUGACUACUGGAAGAAUCAAGGCUUGAAGCCUCUGCGCCUUUCCUCCGGCUUCAUGUUCGUCAGCAUGGCUUUGGAGUUCUGUGAGCACAUCACUCUCUACGGCUUCUGGCCCUUCCCGCAUGACCUGGCUGAGCAGCCCAUCCUUCAUCACUAUUAUGACAAUGUGUUGCCCAAGGCUGGUGUACAUGCCAUGUCCAGCGAGUUCUCACAUUAUCUGGGCAUGUAUGCAAAAGGUGUGCUGCAGUUACGACUUGGCAAGUGUCAGUGAGGGGCUAGAUUUCUUACAGCUAUCCCCUCUUCUGGUUUUUCCCCCAACCAAAUGAUUCCUGGAAGCCUUACCAGCUUGCCCUCGGGUUUGGUUGUGCUUCUGCUGAACGCCAGGUCGGUCCAAAAUAAAACCUCCCUCAUCCAUGAUUUGAUUUUGGAUGAGGGGGCUGACCUGGCAUG